CAGACUUCUAGUAGACCUGUGUGGGGAAUGCCGUCGCUGCAUUUGUCAUGGUAGGUAUGGCUAGGGUUCUGAGUGGGCACUCCCUCCGCAACGCUGUUGUUCGCCGCCAACCUAUCCUCGUAGAAUGCGCUUCAAGCGCCACCCCAAGCAAAGUACCCCCAAGUUACCAUCCAAUGACACACCGACGGCGGGGAACUCGAACCCCCCAGGCCUUCGGAUCCGUUCCGCCGAUUCCCGGGCCCACACUCACCACAGUUCGUCGAUGCCAAAUGUCGCCACUCACCCAUCGAAUCCUUUGCUCAGUGUGAUGCGUCGCGCAGCCAGGCCAAUUCGGAGAUUCCUGGGACGCAAUGCCAGUUCAGUUCAAGAAUCCGGCGUGGGACCUGGUGUCACUCAGCUUUCCCCUGACUCAAAAUCUACUCCAUCUCUCCUUCCGUCCGAUCAGAAUAUCCGCAAAGUCCCUUCAGCGUCCAACACAUCGACCGUGGGCAGUGAUAAAGCGAUUUGCCAUCCACAGCCAGCUGCAAAAAAGGAUUACUUGGCUCCCUUAGCGGUGCCCACGUUAGACUCAUCGUCCGCUGCCUUGGCUGGUGAUGGGACGGAAACGGUCCUCGGUGUGAUAAAACUCUCCCUCCAAACCGCAACCUCUGUUCUCAAAUUGGUUCCCAUCGCACAUCUCGACGAGAUCCCAACAUUGCUUCUGAGCUGGAUUCAAAUCUACGAGACCGUUCGAGGAAAUUCUGAUGACCUAGAUGGGUUGUGCGAAGGGAUUCAUAAAGCAUGGCAUUCAGUGGUCGAACCCAUCCAGAAUUGGCGCGGCGACAGGCCACCAGAACUGGAGACGUUAGUGUUCGAUUUUCGCAGGGCCUUGGAAAAACAAUUUGGGAAUGUCAUUUUGCUACUGGGCCAAAAUGUCAUCAAGAAGACAGUUCGAGUGACCGAUAUAGCUCAGCAGAUCACCACCAUGAGGACCUGCCUAAACGAUGCCAUAUACCGCUUCCAGUUGAGGAUUUCCACCUUGGAUUUUCUCCACACUCAAAUUACAUGUUACCUUAAGUUGAAAGUGAUAUGAAAGCAUCACACAAGAGGGGGUUGCUCUAGUUGAUUUCAGACUAAGGUCCCUGAAAGUAUUUACAAGGUAUCAAUAAGGGAGAGAAAUCAUGGGAAGGGCCAGUUGGUCCAGUGCAGAAAUGAGUGGGGAUUAUCAAAGACAAGAACCCAGGUGAAGAAUGAAUAAGUAAAUAUUGACACUUGAUCUGCUACUAUAUUGGCACCCAGGUUGUCAGUUGCCUCCCUACUUUGCCUCUCUGUUUAAUUGUUCAUUCCACUCUCAUUCAUUCUCUCACUCUCUGUCUCCCUGGUUCUCAUCCCUCAUUUAGUUUGUCAUGUUCACCGCUCUGCCUCCCAUUCAGGUGCCAGACUGACCAGCCCCUCUUCUGUUCUCCUUUUCGUAUUUAUGCAUUGUAGAUAGUAUACUAUCUAUGUACCCCAGUUUGAAUGUCAACUAGAAUACCC